AUGGCAACAGCUUUAAAUUAUGAUACGCUGAUAUUUAACGCCUGUGCAUUUAUCACCGGAGUGUUCUUGUUGGACUAUGGAGCAGACAAAUUCGUCGACCAUACCGCUGUUAUAGCACGAAAGUUGGGAAUUUCCGCGACCUUGAUAGGCCUACUCACGGCAGGUGCAGAAUGGGAAGAGCUCGUUGUGGUUAUUGCAUCGUUAGCCCAAAAUAACUCGGCCCUGGCCCUGGGAAACAUCCUUGGUUCUUCGAUAUCCAACAUCCUCGGUGCCUUCUCGCUUGGCCUCAUUUUCUCGAAAGAUCCAGUCAUCUAUUUCGACCGUAGCUCGAAAAUCUACGUCGGAGUUCUGUCGAUAAUAACUACCGUCUUCUGCUUCUUCCUCGCCGUCUAUCGAGUUGAGUUUGGCCGCUUUGGAGGAUGGCUGUUCUGUAUCGCGUUUUUCAUCUACAUUGCCUCGAUCGCAUGGGGGAUCUAUCGUGGUGUUAUGGACCCACCAGAAGACAGCGAUUCGGACUCCGAUAGCGACUCUGAUUCUGACUCUGACGAUGAGACCGACGAUGAGGAAUCUGCUAAGCAUAUGAAGAAGGUUAUGGAGGGAUAUCGCAGCAGUAGCAGCAGUGAUGAUGGCGGCUCUUCUGUCGAGGCCAUCCCACUUCGCGUUCAUAGGAAGUCUUCCAGCAUUAGCCAUAAGAUCAGCAAGACCAACGGCCGCGCACGCAGCUCUAGUGUCUCCCACGUCAGCCCCCGAAAGCCGGCUCGUUCCGUUGUCUACCACUUCGCCCAACUCCUCGUCGGUUUCGUCACUGUUUCGAUCUCCGGAUAUGUUCUUUCUCACAGCGUUGGUACCAUUGGUGAAUCCUUCGGUUUGUCGGAUACACUGGUUGGUGUCACACUCCUUUCUUUCGCUACGACCCUUCCGGAGAAAUUCGUUGCCGUCGUCGGCGGAAGAAAAGGACAGGGCGGUAUCGUUGUUGCGAAUACUGCCGGUAGCAAUAUCUUCUUGCUUACCCUCUGUGCUGGUGUUCUCUUCCUCGCCGGUGACCUCAAGCAGUUCGCUAACUCGGUCACCUCGUUUGAGAUUAUCAUGACCUGGGUCUCUUCCGCUCUGUUCACCGUUAUCGUCUUCUACGGCGGAAGGAGAUGGAUGGGAACCGCCCUCUUAGCUAUUUAUGUUGUGUUCAUUCUCCUCGAAUUCGCCCUCGGCCGUGGCGAAGACGCUCAUUAA